AUGGCUCCCAUGAGUCAGAAGCAAAGAUACUUUGCUAGAGUGAAGCUGAUGUAUGCCGUCGGAUAUGGAGUGUCUCUGUCCUCCCUGAUCGCCGCUCUGCUGGUUUUUUGCACCUUCAGGAAUCUGCUGUGCACACGGACCUGCAUUCAUCUGAACCUGUUCUCCUCCUUCAUCCUGCGCGGGGGGGCAGUGUUCGUGAAGGAUGCGGUGCUGUUUGCUGACGAGAGCACCGACCACUGCACUGUGUCUACUGUUGGCUGUAAGGUGGAAGUGGCUCUCUUCCAGUACUGCGUCCUGGCAAACUUCUUCUGGCUGCUGGUGGAGGGGCUCUACCUGCAGACCCUCCUGGUUUUCACCUUCACCCAGCACAGGAGAUUCUUCUGGUGGUACAUCCUCAUUGGUUGAGGAUCUCCCUCGAUAACCAUUGUCAUCUGGACAGUGUUUAAGAUUCAGUAUGACAACACAGGGUGUUGGGACGACCUAGAAAGCGCCCUCUGGUGGAUCAUUAAAGCACCCAUCCCGCUCUCUAUCUUUAUAAGAUUGGUAAACUUUGUAGUGUUUGUGAACAUCAUCAGGAUCAUUGUUCAGAAGAUGAAGAUGCCAGUAGUAGAGGGAAGUGAGAAUCCACACUACAGGAGGCUUGCAAAAUACACCCUGCUGCUCAUCCCCCGGUUUGGGGUGCAUUAAACGGUGUUUGCGCUCUUCCCGGAGAACAUGGGCUUGGAGGCAAGGCUCUGCUUUGAGCUGGUUCUGGGAUCCUCCCAGGGGUUUGUUGUUGCAUUGCUCUACUGCUUCUUAAACGGGGAGGUUCAGAAUGAAGUGAUAAAGCAAAUGCGGCGAUGUCGGCCUACUAGUGGCAGCAAUGCCUUCGACCUGGUGAUCCAGGAUUACACAGCCUAGAAUGGAAUCUCAGCUCACAGCAUCAUUUGUCAGUCUCUGAUUGUCUUGUUUCAAUUGUGUGAUUAAUUAAGAUAAUUAAUCUUCAUUCAUUUAAUUCACGGUAUAAACUCAAUGACUGCUGAUGUUGUUAUUAUUUUUUUCCACUAACAAGAUGUUUGUUCCAAGAUUGUACUUGCCCUUAGAAAAUCACAUUUGGUACUUGGUACUGAUGACACAUGCAAUUAGCACAUACUAGCAUGAAGUUGAGCAUCGCACAGCCUUGUCGACACAAGGUUGGAAGUUAAACAAUGGCUUGUGAUGUUCACCAUUACUUGUUUCUUAUUAUU